AUGGUUGUUAUCAAGAUUAAAAACGCAGGUAAAGUCUAUGAUAUUGAAGUAGACGAUUCCGCCAAUGGGUUGGAAUUCAAAAACGCUAUUGCUGCUAAAACUAAUAUCCCUGUAGAUAAACAAAAAAUCUUAAUUAAAGGAGGAAAAUUAAAUGAUGAUUCAGUUUUAAAAGAUUUGAAGUUCACUCAACCAAUUAUGGUUUUAGGUACUGCCAAUAACAACAUUAACUCUAUUGAGUUACCUAAGACUGUAUUUUUGGAAGAUUUGAACCAAAACGAAUUAAUCAAAGUAAGUGAUGAACCUUCAGGGUUAUUAAAUUUGGGUAACACAUGUUAUUUCAAUUCAUCAUUACAAGCUAUUUAUCAUAUUCCUGAUAUCAAAAACAGGUUGGAAGAGAAUAAUAGUAAUAAUUCAUUUGUUGGAGCUUUGAAAAGAUUAUUUGCUUUGAUGCAAAAGAAACAAGAAAAGAUUAAUCCAAAUUUAUUCUUAAUGAAUUUUAGAGACAAUUUCCCUCAAUUCAGUGAAAGAGAUAAUCAUGGAUUUUAUAAGCAACAAGAUGCUGAAGAAAGUUUCUCCCAAAUAUUGAGUUUAUUGAUUGAUGAUUUGAAGAUCAGAGAUUUAUUCAGAGUACAAUUUAAUGUUGAAACCAAAUGUUUAGCUCAACCUGAUGAUUUAGCAGUAAGUAGUGAAGAAGCUUUAAAAUUAAUGUGUCAUAUUGAUAUUAAGACUAAUUUCUUGAGAGAUGGAUUAUUGGGUGGUUUAACUGAAACCAUCGAAAAAUUUAAUGAUACUUUACAAUCAAAUACUGAUUAUCAAGUUACUAAAAAAAUCAUUAGAACUCCAAAAUAUUUAAUUAUUCAUUUUGUUAGAUUUUUUUGGAAAACUGAUGUUCAAAAGAAAUCUAAAAUUUUAAGAAAAGUUCAAUUCCCAUUCGAAUUGGAUAUCAGUGAAAUGUUAGAUGAUUCAAUCAAAUCCACUAAAACUAAAUUCAGAGAUGAUUUCAGAAAAAUUGAAAAAUCUAACGAUGAUUUGAUGAGAGAUUUCAAAAAAGCCAAAAAAGAUACUGCUUUAACUCCUUUACAACAACAAGAAGAAGAUAAAUUGAAAUAUUUAUCUAUAAAAUCAAAAUUUGAAGAUGAUUAUAACGAUUUAUUGGCUAGUCAUAAUAUCGAUAAGAAAAUCGAAGAAUUAACGGAAAAUCCUUCAUCCAUCUAUUCAUUAAAUUCCGUAAUCACCCAUCAAGGUUCAUCUGCUGAUAGUGGUCAUUAUCAAUGUUUCUCCAAAGAUGAAGAAGAUGAUAAUACUUGGUGGAAAUUUAAUGAUGAUAAAAUUUCUAAAAUAGAUAGAGAAAGAGUCGAACAAUUAUCAGGAGGUGGAGAAAGUGAUAGCGCUUUAUUAUUAGUUUAUAAAGCUACCGGUUUAUAG